AAUUCGUGAUGUUAUUGUUAAUCUAUAGAAAUAAGAGGAAAUCGUUUACUUUGGUAUUGUUCUAAGUUAAAUUUGUAACGUAACGUAACUGUUGCGCAAGGGUGGAGGCCAGGUGCAGUUUCAAAAUGUCUCCUCAGAAAACUCAAUAGGGCAAAGUUACAAAAAUCGACCACCCCUUACCAAAGGCGGUUAAAGAAGUUGAAGAAACGCCUGGUGUCUAAGCCCGGGCUCAUCGUCAGCAAAGUAAAUGGAGAAUACCGUAUAGAAAUGCAGGUUAAUCCAGAAAAUUCUGAAAGUAAUGAUAACCAGACUUAUUCUCCGCUGAUUUACAAGAUAGCUCGGCCCAACAAUGAGGAGCGCGUGAUGAAACUUGAGAGGAAGAAACGUCGAUUGGUGAAAGAGGCAGUUGGCAAUUGGCCUGAUCCCUUCCACCCUGAAUAUUGCGAGAGGACUUGUCUGAAAGCUUACAAACAGGCGGUGGGGCUUCUACCGUAUGAUCCCAAUAACCCUGAAUGUUCUUGUGAAGAGGCAAAGUAUAAUGAUGACGAGGAUGUAUGCUCCUGUUGUGAAGAAGAUGAUGAUAGUCUCAGUUCCGAUUGUAGCUCUUUGGACAUUAAUUGGGAAAUCCAUUUUACACCGCCAUGUCUUUCUAAAGAAAAUGACAAUAUAGAUCAAUGAUCUUUAAUUAUUUAUUCUUAAGCAGCAAAAGAAGCGGAAGAAAUUUCUAAAUCAUUAAAUAAAGAAG